AUGUCUUCCAAUCGCACUGCUUCAUACUCACUUGAGGAAGAUAUGCACUUGUGUCAUGUAUAUAUUGACAUUUCUCAAGAUCCAAUCAUAGGAAGAAACCAAUCAGGUAACAGUUUUUGGGCAAGAGUUGAAUCAGAGUACCACAAGAAUGAGAAGUUUAUUGCAAAAUUAAGGGGAUGCAUCAACCAAAUUGAAAAUAAAAAUCCAAGUGGUGCUUUACAAGAAGAUAUUAAAUUUACAAGCGAUGACAACAUCAAUGCACCAAGUAUAUUCCAACAAGAUGGUCCUAAUUUUACUUCGUCCAAAUCAUCAUCUCACAAUUUCGAUUCUCCGACGUCAGCAUCCACCGGUAUGAGUUCAUUUGAUCUUAAUGUAAAUAAUGAGGAAAUCAUUACUAAUUCAACUGAAAGACCUAUUGGUGUGAAAAAACCAAAGGCAAAACAAUUAGGUGAUGAUCAAUUUAACAAACUAAUGGAACAAAGUAAAAAACUCGUUCAAGUUAUUGAAAAGAGUAACAUAGAUAGAAAUGAACGCCAUAAAAGAAAGACUGAAGAUAAAAUUUUAUUCACGGAUUUGGAUUCUAUAUCCGAUCCAAAGUUUCGCUAG